GGAUAAUUUUCCGUGCAAGCAAAGAAUUAAACAAAGCUGCUUGUAGUAGAAAGAAGAGGCCAAACAAAGAAAAGUAUAGAAAAAUGAAGAAUAUAUACAUAGAGAGUGAACAAUAUGACCUCACAAAUUUAUUCGAUCCAAGCAAACUAGCCAACUGACACACCCACCCACCCACACGACCUUGCUAGAAACAAACAUAUUGAUUACCCAUGGCUGCUUCCGACACGAGAAGCUGCACGAUGGUCGACGAAGCCACCGUCCAGAUCCUGUUGCAGAAACUAGAUAUCUUGCUCUCUCACCCGGUGCGUGCGGAGUGCUUACCGAUGCAAAACCGUGCGAAGAAGGCCAAGGCGAAGCUGGCCAGGAUCCAAGUGCACUUUUCCACUCAAUACAGAUCGUCCGAAACCACGGAGUGGUCGAGCCGGCUCCGCCGAGCCAUGUACGACGCCGAGGAAUUCAUCGACAAGUUCUAUCUCGGAGAGGCCCGCGAGAGGCACAAGGCCCUCUACAUGGCCACAUGGCCGAUGGCCGCGCUCGUCUCCAAGUACAAGCUGUGGAGCGACUUGUCCACUCUGGUGAAUAAGAUGGAGGCGUUGUGUGAUGAGAAGUUCUUGAAGGAGGAGGCCGAGGGCAAGAGCAAAAAGAAACCUGCUAGUUCAUCCUCCCUUGCUAGUGUUUCAUGGCAAGGCCAAAAAUUGGCGAGGCUGACUAGUUUCUGGGAUCGGCAAGCGCCUACAAACUUCUUAUAUCGCGAGGACCAGAUGAAGGAAAUAAGGAAGCGGAUAGAAAUAACAGAGAAGUACGAAAAAUGGAGUUCGAUUUGGGGCGAGCACGGAACCGGCAAGACGUCCCUCGCGAGAUGGGCCUACGACCAAGCGAAGGACAUGGGCUAUGAGUGGCGCGCUUGGGUCCGUGUAUCGGCCGGCAUGGACCGGCGGGAGUUCCUGUUGGAGAUUCUGAAGCAAGCCGACAAUCUUGCAGGCGGCAUGAAGGACAUGAAUAUAGCUGAGAUAAGGACAAAGCUGCUCUGGAAAUUGGCCCAGAUAAAUAAAUAUUUCAUAGUGUUGGAUGACGUGCAGCCGUCCGACAUGCAACUCUUGGAAGAGUUAUGGAUGAGCUCCCCGUUAUAUUCGCAGGGCCACAUAAUUACCACAACUCAGGACGAUUCAAUAGCCCAGCACACGAAUCGAGGCACGAGAGCGCCGAUCAAGCUAGAAAAAUUGUCCGAAGACGAAAGCCAGAGGAUGCUCGCUUGGAAGUUGCAUAGAGUUCUCUCAAAGGAGGAGAAGGAUAUCCUAAGCUUUGGUCGUGGCUUGCCGCUCUAUAUAUCCUUACUCGGUGGGUUUCUGUCCAAUGUUGGAGAGGAUGAACGCACGGCGUUGGCGAAAGAGGGUUCUAUGACGACAUUGUUAGAUAUACUACAAUUGAGUUGCCAUAAAUUGCCAGACCAUUUAAAACCGUGCUUCAUUUACAUGGCUUUGUUCCCCGUAGGAUUUCCUAUUCCAACAAGAAGGCUAGUGAGGCUGUGGUUGGCUGAGGGCUUAUUGGAUUCGCAUUGUCACGACGUAGAAAGGGAAAGAACAAGGCAGCCCGAGGAUGUGGGAGAGACCUUCAUUCUGGAGCUCGCCGAUAGGAAUGUGAUCGAUGUGGUGAGCUGGAGGGCGGAUGGAUCCCCCAAAGCUUGCCAAAUGCUCACCUCUCUCUAUGACAUGAUUCGCCCGAUUGCGAUGAGCACGGGGUUCCUCCAUGUACAUGCCGCUAGCAAGUCGAAAGACGGGAACGAACGUGACCCAACCAGCCAGCAACAACAGUUGGCGGCCCAAUUGCUUGAAAGAACCAAGAUUCGGUGGAUUGCGGAGCACACAAACAUAAUCACGGACGACCGCGGCGGCAGCUACCCCGCUUUGAACCUCGGCCACGUCCGUUCGUUUCUGUCGUUCUACCAGAGGAGCGGCAUGCUCACCAAAGACAUCAAGACGUUUCUAAGGAAGACAACGUCCAAGACUGGCUAUAGCUUGCUAAGGGUGCUUGAUUUGGAGGGUGUGUAUAAGCCAUACCUGCAAGGUGUGCUCCACAAGCUAGUGCUCCUAAGGUACCUAGGAUUGAGAUCCACGGUGUUGGACUCGAUCCCGAGCGCCGUUGCAGAUCUGCACCAUCUCGAGACUCUCGACAUAAAGCACACGAACAUCACUUGGCUGCCGAAUUCCUUGUGGAAGGCGAGGAAACUGAGGCACCUGCAUCUCAACUGGUUCUACAUCGACUUGGAGAACAUCCUCAAGGCUUGCAGCAACAAUGUCAAUGCCUUGGCUCAACUCCAAACCUUAAGCGGGCUGGUUAUCGGUGAAGUGAAGGAGAACUUGAUGAGGGACCUCAUGAGCAGCUUGACCACGCUCACCACGCUCAAGCUUUUCUUGCAACACUCGGAGAAGGACCCCUCCUCGGGCGACGCAGUGGAAACAGUGGCACAUUGGAUUAGCUUCGGCCUCACCAAUCUCCAGUCCUUGACCUUUGGGGUGAUCCAAGAACCCAAGCCCGUGAAAAAAGCCAAGAAAGUAGCCAAGCCCGCGACAGAAGCCAAGAAAGCAGCCAAGCCCGCUGAAGAAGCCCAACCCGCGAAAGACGCCGAGCGAGCGGAAGGAGCCGAACCCGCAAUAGAAGCCCAUCCCGCCAAAAAAGACAAGCCCGAAAAACAAGCCCAGCCCCCCAAAUCGCAGAUAGGCCCGUUACCGAAGCUGUCGUUGGGUGAAAGACAUCACAACCUGUUGGAGCUCUACUUGCUGGGCCGACUCGAAAAACCCAUCUGGACGCAGCUCUUGCCUGGCUCGCUCCGGGUUUUGACCCUGUCGGGUUCCAGGGUGGAAGCAGACGAGAUGGACCAGUUGGGGGUUCUCCUGAGGAGCCUGCGGACGCUCAGGCUCUUGGCCAACUCUUUCCUGUGCGAACGCAUGACGUUCGUCGAAGAUGGGUUUCCCAGCCUCAAGAUCUUGAAGAUUUGGAAUCUGCCUAACCUUGCGGAGGUGACCAUUAAAAAUGGAGCAAUGCCACAUCUCAUGCUACUCGAGUUUAGGCACCUCGAGAGGUUGACAACUGUUGAAGGGAUCGAGGGGCGCCGGGAUUUGGAGAUAUCCCUAAGCGAUGCUCUUGUCAGCCAACUCAGGGACCUAAAAGGAGAGACCACGAAUCUGCACGUGGAAAAAGAGACCAAGACUACCGAAUCUACGGACGAUUACGAAGACGACGACGGGGAAGAAAAAGGAGAGAUUGAAAAGGACAGCAAGAGGCUUGAAUCCACGGAUGAGGACGACAGUGAUGACAAUAAUGAGGCAACGACUUCUCUUUGAAUACAAACUACUACAAUGAUCUUCGGAGCUUAACAUAUGUAUCUAUUGCAUCUCUCACCCACCCUCCUCUCUCUCUCUCUCUCUCUCUCUCUCUCUCUCUCUCUCUCUCUCUCUCUAGGUGUGCGAAGAAACAAUUUCAUGUAAUGUUUAUAUUAUGCGAUGAACCGAUGUGAUGAUAUUCAUUUAAUGCAA